GUUAACAAGUCAGUGUGGAGUUAAACGCGCAGGAGAAAAGACCUAUUAAAAAUAUAUAGUACAAUUUGGAAAGGGGAGUUGUUAUGCAAGAUAAUAUUUUCAAGCCUUUGCCAUGGCUUAUGUUGGUUAUAGCCGUAUUCUGGAGUUGGCAGCUAAAUGUUUUGGCCCUGCAAAAGGUCGAACCUCGUCACGAAACCUGCAACAAUGAACAGCGAUACGAAAACCAGGUGAUGUGCGAGGGCAAGGACUUUGGUGCUUUGGUACCGUAUCCGGAUAACUGUAGUUUGUUCCUAGUUUGCGACUGUCUCUAUCCGACGGUGAAGUUGUGUCCCGCAAAUCUCUGGUGGGAUAAUGGGACUCAGCAGUGUAAUUAUCCCCAAGCUGUAGAAUGUAUCUACUACUCGAUUGACACGCCAGAACCUACGGAUGGAACUACUCGAUUUACGCCAGAACCAACAUCCAGUACGCAAAAGAUAACGUCAGAACCCACAGAACCACCAUCUAGCACGGCAAAGAUAACGACAGAAAGUACCACCGGAACCAGUACACAGAUAACCACUGAAACGUCCUCUACCCCCUCAAUUUACCACCCAACAACCAGUUGGGAUCCACCACCGGCACCACCGGGAAUUUCAGAUGACUACUGUCGCAAUAAGGAGGAUGGCUCGGUACAUUAUUAUCCUUAUGACUGCCAGGCCUAUAUAAACUGCACUUACGGCUGGCCCGUGCUAAAUUACUGCAUUGAAGACAAGGUAUUCAAUAAGUACCUUGGCAUUUGCGAUACUCCCGAUAUGGCGGAUUGCGAGGAGCUGCCCCUUCCUACAACCACAACAGAAAUGCCGCCCACUUCAACGACUGAGAAGGAUGAGAUUUGCGGUCCAACGCCGGAGGGAAUUGAAGAGGAUUAUUGUGUGCCGAAGGGAAAUGGUUUCUAUGAGUAUCCUUACAAUUGCAGUGGGUACUUGGCCUGCAAGAAUGGUUGCACAGAUUUGGAUUACUGCCAACCGGAUAAACUCUUUAAUAAUUGGCUGCACAUCUGCGAUACACCCGAUUCGGUGUGGUGUGACCCCCUGCCAUUCCCCACCACUCCGGGAACAACCAAAAAACCAACUACGCCUUCAAUCACGACCACUCCUUCAAUCACCACCACAACUCCUUCAACGCCUACAACACUGCCUUCUGAUGGGUCUACAACUGAUAUUCAUUAUAGCACCACAGAAGAGAUUGUAACCACUACCGCUGGACUUCCCUCUGAUGUCGAUCCAAAUGAUUGUAAGGAUGAAAAGGACGGCACUGUUUUUGCCUACAUAGGCAAUUGUUCGGAGUACUUGAUAUGUAAAGACAAUCAAGUGCAAAUGGGUUAUUGUCCUCCUAAUACACUCUUCAAUCCCGAUUGGCUUGUAUGCGAUGAGCCAGUUGAUGUUGUGUGCCUUGGAGAUCGCACCACGACUCCAAUUCCAACCACCACACCAACUACUUCUACUGAAAAAACCACUCCUACCACGACUACCACCACAGUGGCCACAACUUUGGGCCCAGAUCAGCUUUGCGAUGGUCAGGAGUUGGGAGCUUCGUUCGCUUAUCCGGAUGAUUGCAGCAAGUAUUAUCUUUGCUUGGGCGGCGGACAAUGGACCCUGGCACCCUGCAUUUACGCCAGUUAUUUUGAUCCCAGCACAGGUCAGUGUGGACCUGAUGUGUCACCCGAUGCGUGCAAACCAUCACAAGUCACAACCACAACAACAACAACAACGACAGAGACCACAACAACCGAAAGAGAUACCAACCCCAAGUCCACAACCACCGAAAGGACAACCACAACUGUGGCCCCGAAAACUGGUAUUUGCGGUGGUCGGAAUGAGAACGAGAAUAUUGCUUAUCCAAAUAACUGCACCAAGUAUAUUGUGUGCGUUUCGCCAAUUCCCAUAGCCUUCUUCUGUCCCGAUGAGACAUUCUUUAGUUCCAAGUUACAGAAGUGCAUUGAUGAUUGGGAAGAAAGUGAUUGUGAGGGUGAUCAAAGCACCACGACUCUAGAACCAGGCUAUACAAGACCUCCUCCGGAACCGACCAUGUGUACAAAUAGUAGUCGGGAUACAUUCCCAUAUCCGGAUAACUGUCAAUGGUUCAUACGCUGUGUGGAUGACUACAUAUACAUGAUGGACGUCUGUAAUUGCGGGGAGUACUAUGAUCCAAUUACUGAAAAAUGCGGAGCGGAUGUUCCUUCAGAUGCCUGUCGAUGGGACUACACCUCAACCACAUCAACUACCAGUGAGACGACAACGCCCACAGCGGUUACGAGACCGCCACCGCAGAAAGGACCAUGUGACGAUGUCGAAGAUGGGGCCCUUGUCGCCUAUCCCAACGAUUGUUCGAAGUACAUUCAGUGCGAUAGACCCAUUGCGGUUGCCUUUGAAUGCGACAAAGGAGAUGAGUUUAGUGUGGAGCUCGGCAAGUGUGUUGAUGCUUCACUCGCCAAUUGUUCGAUUACAACCACUGCUAAGCCAUCGGAGUCGACGACUACACCAACAACGUCCUCCGAACCAUCAACGGGAUCUUCUACAGAAUCAUCCACAGAAUCAACAACAGAAUCAACGACAGAAUCAACUACAGAAUCAACAACAGAAUCAUCUACAGCAUCAACAACAGAAUCAUCUACAGGACAAUCAACACAGUCAUCAACAGAAACUACAGAAUCAUCUACAGUAUUAUCUACUGAAACUUCUGAAUCGCCUUCAACAAUUUCAACACCACCAGCAUCUACUACAAUGGAACCAGGAACAACUACACCGGAAGCUUCUACAACUGCCAAGCCGGCAGAGGGAAUUUGUGAAGGCAAGACAGACGACUCUUUGGUACCCUACCCGAGAAACUGUAGCAAGUAUAUAAAGUGCCAAUAUCCAAUACCAGUUGGUUACGAUUGUUCGGAUGGUUUGGAGUUUAGUCCCACGGAAUUGACUUGCAUGGAUCCCGAACUUGCUGGCUGCAGCACUAAGUCAACCACACCAGGGCUUACAACUUUAAGUACACAAGCUUCGUCUACACCGGUAACAACAGUUUCAACAACACCCAAGACAACCACUACAGAAAUGCCAACUACUCCAAAGACCACUACUACCGAGUCAACCACAAUCCCAACAACAACCACAGAUUCAACCACUCCCCAAACAACUACAACAGAAUCAACAACUUCCAAGACAACUACCACAGAAUCAACGACAAUUUCAACAACCCCAACGACAACUGAGCCAACAACUCCAAAAACCACUACUACCGAGUCAACCACAAUCUUAACAACAACCACAGAAUCAACUACAGCUUCAACCACUCUCCAAACAACUACCACAGAAUCAACGACAGUUACAACAACUCCAAAGACUACUACUACCGAGUCAACGACAAUUUCAACAACCCCAACUACCACAGAAUCUACGACAAUUUCGACCACCCCAACGACAACAAAGCCAACAACCGUUUCAACAACUCCAAAGACAACAACCACCGAAUCGACAACAGUGUCAACAACAACUGAAUCGACAACCACUGUUCCUACCCCAACAACUCUAGAUCCGUACACCCCCAAUAUCUGCUGUGGCCAAGCUCUUGGAACUCUGCUUCCGUAUCCCAAUGAUUGCAGCCGCUAUGUCGUUUGUGACUACCCCAUUCCAUAUGCCGUUGAUUGCGAUGAGGGAACGAUCUUCGAUGAUAAACUUCUUCAAUGCACCUCUGUGCCCAAUGAAAGGUGUCUUUUCAUUGAAUUUUAAAAAAAUAUAUUAAUAAAGCAUAAAUCACAGCAAUAA